AUGGCAUCGGGAGAGUCGACUCGGUUGAGAGUGACACCGUAUUUGAUAUGCACUGUCCUCGUUGCGACACUUGGUCCGUUUCAGUUUGGUUAUCACCUAGCCGAACUCAAUGCACCCCAAGAAGUCAUAAGUUGUGAAAAGAAAAGUAUUGGAGCCAAUGUUUUUCCGCAUGGUCUCCCGCAAUGCAUCUCCAUGAAUCCUUCCCAGUUCGGCUUAAUCUCAUCGAUAUACACUCUGGGUGGGUUUAUUGGAGCUCUGCUGGCAGGACCUGUCUCGACCAAGUACGGACGACGUAUCACACUACAGGCCACCACUAUCUUCUUCAUUCUGGGACCGGCGAUCGAGGCUCUAGCAUCCGCGAUUCCCAUUCUGGCUCUAGGUCGGUUUUUGUCCGGGAUCGGCUGUGGUGCAGCUCUCGUGGUGAGCCCUAUUUAUGUUUCUGAGGUUGCCCCUCCUGAAUCUCGCGGGCUCUUUGGAACAUUUACCCAGGUGAUGAUCAAUGUUGGAAUUCUUUCAUCACAAGUGUUAGGAUACUUCUGGAGCCAUGACAGCAUGUGGCGAUUGAUUCUCGCGGCUGCCGGUAUCGUAGGAGUGUUGGAAUUUGUCGGUCUGUUCUUGGUGCCUGAGAGCCCAACCUGGCUGGCAGAAAACCAUCAGAGAAGUCAAGCCCGUCGUGUUCUAAAGCGCCUGCGAGGCUCUGAUGCAGACAUCGAUGCCGAGAUUGCGGCUUGUGGAGAUUCCAGCGCGGUUCAGACGUCUGGCGAGGAGGAGUCCCUCCUAUCCUCGCCAUCUGAAACCCCGGCCCCAAAGCAGGCAGCUGUCACAAUGCUGCAGGCUGUGCAGGAUCCAUACUAUCGACCCGCUAUCUUUGCAGUUGUCGCUUCCAUGCUUGCCCAGCAACUCACUGGGGUAAACAGCCUCGUGAUGUACAGUGUCUCUCUCCUACAGAGUAUCCUACCUACCGGGGCCGCGCUGCUUACCAUUAUUAUCUCCGUGAUUAAUCUCAUAGCGACACUGGCGUGCAUGCCUUUGCCCGAUCGCAUUGGCCGUAAGACUUGCCUGCUGCUCAGUAUCAGCGGUGUGGGUUCUUGUUCGAUUCUUUUGGCACUUGGUUUUGCUUUCCAGCAGAAGAUUGUCUCUGCCAUUGCCACCUUGCUUUUUGUUACAAGCUUUGCGGUGGGACUAGGCCCAGUUCCCUUUAUGCUGUCGUCUGAGCUGGUCGGACCGGAGGCCGUCGGUGCAACUCAAAGUUGGGGACUGUCGGUCAACUGGAUGGCUACAUUCAUGGUCGCACAGUUUUUCCCCGUGAUCAACGAUGCGCUGGGUGGUAAGGGUCGGGUCUACUGGAUAUUCGCGGCCAUGGCCGGGCUCUUGGGAGUCCUUCUCUAUCGAAUCCUUCCAGAAACCCGGGGCAAAGCUAAUGCAGACGCAAUCUGGGGCAGAGUGGAGCGUCGGGAGGAUUAG